GUAUCUAAUAACUAUGAAUUACGUAUUUAUGUUUUCCACAGCUUGAAAUGUAAGAGACAUGCGCUCAAACUUGCGAUUCAAAGGUUGGAAGUGCUCUCAUCAGUCGAGUCCCAACAUUAAUGAGGUAGUGGAUAAUGAGUAUUGCUGGCACCAAAAUGCCAUGACACCAUGGAGGAGUCUGAGGACUAGAUUGGAGGACCCAGGGAGAGGAACACCUCCAUUUUUAUCUGGCUCUACAUCAUUUGAUGAACCUUGGAGAUCAGAAAACACAUCUAGUCCUUUUUUAUUCCUGGGCCGGACACGCAGUGUCCCUGAAGCUCUCCACUGCUACAGUAGACCCACUUUACGGUCAAGCUUCUCCUCGAUCACCAUCACCGCUCGGAGUUUGUCUCCUAAAAGGGAUUGUACAGCUUAUUUAAACUCAACCUUUCGUCCUCUGAACAUGCCUGACAGACCGCCCUCUCUCAUGGCCCACAGAGAAAGUAAAACCCUACAAAUCAUUGCUGGCACUCCGGUGCCUCCUAGACACAAGACAGUUGUGGUGACAGUGACCGAGAACAGAGAACAGCAUUGUGCCAGCGAGACCCUCAGCAGUCCCCAAGCUCCACCAGUCCAUGAGCACAGCUACACAGAGGAAGAAGACCAAAUGGACUCUUCGCCCCCUUUAAAAUGUCAUAUCUUCCGCUCCUGUGCAUAUCUGGAGCUCAUACCAUCCAAGCUAUUAAAAUCUACUCUGUACUUGGACAAAUCCCUCUCAAUCCCUCUUGGACAGACUUUGUAUAGAUCCACUCUGUCCCUUUCCCUUGGAAAACCAUCUUUUACUCAGACCCCUGAGAAACCCGAAACGAUAAUUCAAGCUAAAAGGUCCUACAGCGACUGGGACAUGGCGAACAUUGGUGUUGAUGGAACAGAAAGGCUGUCCCAGCAACUGAAGAAUGGUUCAACCAUCAAUGGCAGUGCCUUUAAAAAUAAUACUAGCUUCGGCUCCGACACGCGGUGUUCCACUUUAACAUCAUUGCCAUUCAGAACAAGGUGCCACUCAUCUUCUGCUGCCUUCAGACUGAAUGGAAAGGCUAAUAAUGUCUUAGGGCCAACGCAGAGCAAUCUAAGAGCCAGACAGGCAUUCAGCGAGCCAUCAGUCCCUCAGGUGCAUCUAAGGGCCCCUCAUGAGGUCAGAACAGUGUUCCACACUGCUGAGAAAGUCAGGAGACUCACUGAGUACCCGGUUUCUCCUCAUCUAACUAACUGCACCUGUGAGUCCAAGACUGGCCAGCAGGACACAGGACACCAGUUGCUUAGCUUGAGGGAGGCUCUUGAGCUGUUUCGUCCAGAUUUCAUCUCUCGCUCUCAGAAGCGGGUGCGACGAUUGGAACUGAGGGCCAGAGAGAGGCGGAGCUUACAAACAGCUGAAUUUAUCAUGGGCGUGGAGACAGCUAACCGUAGGUGGAACUGCACCAAGCCACACCCACUUAGUGAUAACCUUUUCAAACCCAGGGACAGAGCCAUCUCAGGCAAGGAGAUGCAAUGGAGAUCCAGGCGGAUUUACAACAAACUCCCUGAGGUGACCAAAAAGAAGGAGGAGGAGAGGAAGAGGCUGGUGUUGGAAACCAACAGACUGAGGGCAGAGGUGUUCAAAAAGAAACUUUUGGAUCAAAUUCUUCAAAGACACGGUGACUGAGGGAAGUGCCUGUCCACAAGAUUCAUAUCCCCCGUGUUCACCUUGCCUGAGGCAAAGUGCUGAAGACAAGGAAGACCUUUGCAGCUUCCUCCUGAGAGCAGAGAUUGGCUUUCUGAUGCAUUGUUCCAAAUAUAAAACACCUUUUACUGGACCUGGGGUGAAUCCAUACGAUGUGCUGUGCGAUAGUUUUUUUUUUUUAUAUGUUUGA